AGCUUGAGAUAUAUCAAACAUUUGCCCAACUGAGAUGGCGACAAAGCUAGGCUUCUCUGUGUUAGUCAUUUCUCUUUUCUCAUUAUACUCAUCAACACUUUCAUCAUCUGUUGCCUCUGAUGACUUAGAUUGGUGGUGCAACAAAACCCCAUAUCCUGAACCUUGCAAAUAUUUCAUGAAGCAAAACCCAAACCAUUUUCAUCCAAAGCAUAAUUCUGAGUUUCGUAAGUUGGCAAUUGACUUAGCCAUCCAACGAGCUCUCACUGCUCAGUCACAUAACAAAUGGCUAGGCUCAAAGUGUCGCAAUGAGAAAGAGAAGGCUGCAUGGGCUGACUGCUUAAACCUCUAUGAGAACACCAUUACGCAACUCAACCAUACCAUUGACCCCAACAGAAAAUGCACCGAUUACGAUGUCCAGACUUGGCUCAGCACUGCUUUAACCAAUCUUGAAACUUGUCGAGCUGGGUUCGUUGAGCUUGGAGUUUCAGAUUUCAUGUUGCCGCUCAUGUCCAACAAUGUUUCUAAGCUAAUAUGCAACACUUUGGCUCUAAGCAAUGGUUCAUCGGCGGCUUUACCACAAACAUAUCAAGAUGGUUUUCCUAGCUGGGUCACAGCAGGUGAUAGAAAGCUCUUGCAGUCAUCAUCACCGGCUGUGAAUCUUGUGGUGGCUCAAGAUGGUUCAGGGAAUUACCGGACUAUAAAGCAGGCCCUUGAUGAAGCAGCAAAGAGGAGUGGAAGUGGGAGAUUUGUGAUACAUAUUAAGAGUGGGAUUUACAGAGAGAAUCUGGAGAUUGGUAACAAAAUGAAGAAUAUUAUGUUGGUCGGAGAUGGGUUGAGAAAUACUAUUAUCACCGGUAGCCGGAGUGUUCGAGGAGGUUCUACUACUUUCAACUCUGCAACUGUUGCGGUGACCGGAGAAGGAUUCAUUGCACGAGGCAUAACAUUCCGCAACACGGCCGGCCCUGAAAACCACCAAGCAGUGGCUCUCCGAUCAGGCUCUGAUCUCUCAGUCUUCUACCGCUGUGGUUUUGAAGGAUACCAAGACACCUUAUACGCCCACUCCCAAAGACAAUUCUACAAAGAAUGUUACAUUUAUGGCACAGUAGAUUUCAUAUUUGGCAAUGCAGCUGUAGCAUUUCAAAACUGCAUGAUAUAUGCAAGACGACCUAUGGACAAGCAAAAGAACACGAUCACUGCACAAGGGAGAACUGAUCCUAAUCAAAAUACUGGAAUUUCAAUCCACAAUUCUCGAGUCAUGGCUGCUUCAGACCUUAAACCAGUGCUUAGCUCAUUCAAGACUUACUUGGGGAGACCAUGGAAGAAGUAUUCAAGAACUGUUUUUCUCCAAACUUACCUUGAUUCUUUGGUGGAUCCUGCAGGCUGGCUUGAAUGGGAUGGUGAUUUUGCCCUAAGUACUCUGUAUUAUGGUGAGUAUAAGAAUAUGGGUCCUGCAGCUUCAACCAGUGGGAGAGUUAAGUGGCGUGGUUAUAGGGUUAUAACUAGCGCAACUGAAGCAUCCAAGUUCACGGCGGCUAACUUCAUUGCUGGCCGUUCAUGGUUGCCGGCCACUGGCGUUCCUUUCACUUCGGGUCUUUGAUAUAUGUUUGUUCUUUAAUUUUUUGAAAAUAUAUUUUUUAUUGUAUUUAGUGGGUUCACCACAAUUUCUUUUAAGAUUUCUAAUAAGAAAGAAGGAAUCAAUUUCUGGUAAAUUCCUGUAAAAUGUGGAAAUAAAAAGAAGUUACCCUGUUUCCAGAUUA